UUGAAUGACGAUUAUAAUGUUGAUUUUGUAAUAAAUUGGAAUUUUUUUGCUUUAUCCAAUAGAAAACGUGUUUAUGGUUGAUUGCAAACACGUGCCAAUCACGCUCAGCGGUCUGUUUGGAAAACCUGGUGAAUGUUUGUAAAUCUGCAGAGUAGAAAGCCAGGACACAGACUAUACUGUCAUUUUCACCUCACAUUCACAAGAUGCAUCCACGAUGGCCUAAAAGCCAUUAUACAUUGUUAGAAGUUGUUGAGGAACUUUGCAAAAGUGAAGAUGAACAAAAUCAUUCAUCAAGUGAUGAUGAGCCAGACAUGCUUCUGCCUGAAGAAACUUCUGAUCCAGCCCUAGAUCGGUAUACAGUUAAUGAAGACGAGGACAUACCUCAACCAUCAACCUCUUCCGCACCUGCAUCAUCUACUUCAGCUGCACCUUUCAGUGGAUUCAGAGAUGAAGACAGAGGGAGAGACAGAAUUAUAAGGCAAAGUGAAGGGAGAGAAAGAGGAAGAGAAAAUGGGAGGGGGAGAGGAAGAAGGAGAGAAAGAGGGCUAAGCAGAGGGAGAGACAGAGGAAGAGGGAGACAAACACCAUCUGUUGGCAUCUCCGCAAAAUGGCACACCUCAGAUGAACCAGACAUUCUGUGACAGUGUUUCCACCAGCUAGAUCUCCAGGGCCUCAGCUGAUACCUAUGGAGUCGUACAGUGCUCUAGAACUCUUUCAGCUGUAUCUUUCACCCUCAGUAUGCCAGACGAUUAUUCAGAAUUCAAAUGCUUAUGCAGAACAAAAUCAAGAUGCUGCAAGAAAGCCAUGGCAGAACAUGUCCGUGAAGGAUCUAUACUCCCACCUGUCAGUAGUAAUCUACAUGGGUCUGGUAGAAGUUUCUGCUCUGUUUCAGUGUUUCAGUGAUCCAAAAAAGAAUGCUGAGAACAUGAAAAAAGAAGGAACACCUGCCUAUGAUCGCCUUGGCAAACUGAAGCCAGUCUAUGAGGAGAUACGUGAUGCCUGCAAGACCUUCUUCCAUCCUCAUCAGAACAUUGCAGUAGACGAACGGACGGUGGCAUCAAAGGCGAGGAUUGGGCUAAAACAAUACAUGAAGGAGAAGCCAACAAAAUGGGGGUACAAACUUUUUGUUUUAGCUGAUUCCACAUAUGGCUACACACAGGAUUUUUUUAUCUGAGGCAAAUCCCCUGUGGCACAAGCAGAACAAACUAAAGGACUCAGCUAUGAAUCAGUGAUGGUGCUGGUGGAUGGGAAAAUCUUAGGAACAGGCUACAAGCUGUAUGUGGACAAUUUCUACACCAGCCCAUCACUGUUCAGAGACCUUCUCCAGAAGGGCAUCUGGGCCUGCGGGACAAUUCACAGCAACCGGGUGGGCUUCCCACAAGCCACCGACAACAGACUGCCCAGAAAUGCUCCACGUGGGAGUAUGAGGUGGAUACGCAAUGACAAGCUACUGUUCGUUGAAUGGAAGGACACCAGGGAGGUGCUCAUGUGCUCCUCCUUCCAUUCAGCAAAUGGAGACCGCACAGUACAGAGGAGGAUGAGGACGAGAAGUGGAGAAUGGACGGAGCCGACUGUUCCUGUACCUGCUGCGGUGGCUGACUAUAACAAGAACAUGGGAGGAGUUGAUCUCUCCGAUGCCCUCAUCAGCUAUUACACUGUUCUCCGAAAGACCAGGAAGUGGUACUGUGCCCUAUUCUACCACUUCAUUGAUACCGCUGUGGUGAAUGCGUUCAUCAUUCAUCAGCAGAUGGCUCUAGCACGGAACCAGAAACCCAAAACACAAAGAGAGUUCCGUGAAGCCCUGGUUCUGGAGCUUGCUGAUUGGAAUGACCCUGCUCCUUCUGCCUCUACUGCUGCAGCUCAAAUUACAGGAGGACCCUCGGGCAAUGCAUGCCACCGGCCCAAAUACAUCACCGAAAUCUGUGAUGAUUCGAGGAGGAGAUGCAGAGUGUGCCACCAAAAAACACUCAUUAUCUGCCAGGCAUGCAAUGCAUACCUGUGUUUCCAGGCAACAAGAGACUGUUUCAACCCCUGGCAUGACGAGCACAAUUUGUAGUUUAGGACUGAGGGGUUGUGAAAAGUUGUACAAAGUUGUGAAAAGUUUGUAAAUAGUUGAAAAGUUGUAAAUAGUUGGAGAAUGAAUUUCUAAUAUUUUUGUUUUAUUUUUUUCUUAUUCAUAAGUUCCAUUUUUCAUAUGUAUAGAAAAGUAUAAACAUAUGUGAAUAGUUUGUGGAAAAGUAAAAAACCUAGUCUCUGU